CCCGCGUCCGGCGGCGCCCAGCGCCACGAGCAGCCGCAGCCCGGGCGGCGGAUCGGCUACAAGUUCCUGGAGAGCCUCCUGCACAGAGACCCGUCGGAGGUGGUCAUCACGCUGGUGUCCAGCUCGGGGCUCCGGGAGCUGCUGGCGCAGGUGGCCAUGAAGCCCGGCUUCCUGGAGCUGCUGUGCCAGGUGCUGCGCAAGGCGUGCAGCUCCCGCAUGGACCGGCAGAGCGUGCAGCAGCUGCUAGGGUUGGUCAAGGAGUCCAACUUCCUCAAGGUCUGCCUGCCGCAGUACGCGGCUGACAUGAUGACGGAGCCCCUGCCCGCCCUGCGGCAGCAGUACCCGAAGCACGUCGACAACAUCAUCGCGCUCCUCCAGGACCUGGUGAGCAUCUUCCCAGCCAGCUCCGUGCAGAAAAUCUCCGUGCUGAUGUCCAUCCUGCCAGCCUCCAUCAACGUGCUGAGAGCCUCCGGCGUGGACAUCGCGGAGCAGACGGAGAGGAGCUUGGAGAAGGUCCAGGCCCUGAUCCAGCACCUGCAGGAGAAGAAGCGCGAGGGCACCCUGCGGGCUGACAGCUACACGCUGCUGCAGCCCCAGCCUGGCGGGCAGGAGGACUCCUAUCGCGCCAUGACCGUCUACCCCACCUACAAUGAGGUGCACCGGGAUGAGAAGCCCUUUCUUCGCCCCAACAUCGUGUCUGGGAGGUACGAGAGCACCGGCGUUUACCUGGACACGCAUUUCCGGCUCCUGAGAGAGGACUUCGUCAGGCCUCUGAGGGAAGGCAUCCUGGAGCUUCUGCAGAGCUUUGAAGACAAAGGCUUGAGGAAGAGGAGGUUUGAUGACAUCAGGAUCUACUUCGACACGCGGAUCAUCACUCCACUCUGCUCCUCCUCCGGCAUCGUCUAUAAGGUCCAGUUUGACACCAAGCCGCUGAAGUUCGUGCGGUGGCAGAACUCCAAGCGCCUGCUCUACGGCUCCCUGGUCUGCAUGUCCAAAGACCACUUCGAAACCUUCCUCUUUGCCACGGUGUCCAACCGCGACAGUGCCGACCUGGCCAAGGGCAUCGUGCAGCUGUGCUUCACGGGGCACAGCCAGGCACUGCUGGCAGAGGCCCAGCCCUCGGACUCCUUUCUCAUGGUGGAGACAACAGCCUACUUCGAAGCCUACCGGCAUGUGCUGGAAGGGCUGCAGGAGGUCCAGGAAGAAGACGUCCCUUUUCAGAAGUACAUUGUGGAGUGCGACACCCUCGUGGGGGAGCCGGCGUACUUGAGGACAGGCAGCGCCUACAACCUCACACCUCUGCUGGAGGAGCCCUCCCCAGAUGGAGAGGGGGGCCUGGCCAGCCCCGAGGGCUUGAGGAGACCGAGGGUGAAUGUUCUCGACCCCAGCCAGUGGCCUUCCAUGGAAGCCUUGAAGCUGGACGAGUCGCAGAUGCAGGCCUUGCAGCUGGCGCUCACCAAGGAGCUGGCCAUUAUCCAGGGGCCUCCUGGAACUGGGAAGACCUAUGUGGGUUUGAAGAUCGUCCAGGCUUUCCUGACCAAUGAGCAGGUGUGGCAGAGCAUCACCCAGAAGUCUCCCAUCCUCGUGGUCUGCUACACCAACCAUGCCCUGGACCAGUUCCUGGAAGGGAUCUACAAGUCCCAGAAGAGCGGGAUCGUGCGUGUGGGGGGCAGAAGCAGCAGUGAGGUCCUGAAGCAGUUCACGCUGCGGGAGCUGAGGAAAAAGUGUGACUUCCGCCGCAAUCUACCACCACACCUGCGCAGGGCCUAUGUAGACAUCACAAACCAGAUGAAGCAUUCAGAGCAGGAGCUGCGUGAGGGAGCCAGGCACCUGGAGUGCACAACGUACGGCGUGCUGCACGAGCGUCACCUGGAGAGAUACAUCUCCCCGCAGCACUGGGACAGCCUGACGACUGGGCCGGAGGACGAGUGGUUUUACUGCUUUGGUUCGAGGCACUCGAUGAUUUUGGAAUGGCUGGGCCUUGGUGUCAAUACCUUCACCCAGAAUACUGCAGAGAACCCAGGGCCUGAAACCACAGGUGGCCAGCAGGAGGGGGAAGAGGAGGAGGAGGGAGAGGUACAAGAGGAGCUGCUGGAGAUCGAAGAGGAAGCUGACCUGAUCCAGGCGGACCGAGUGAUCGAGGAAGAGGAGACAGCCCGGCCCCAGCGGAGGAAGGAAGAAGAAAACGGGGCAGUCAUGGAACUGGCCAAUCGCCUGCUGGCCAUGAAGCUGGAGAAACAGGGCCUGGGAGCAGCCCAGCCACACCAGGAAGGAGAGUGGGAGAUGCAGCCAGCUCAGAGGAAGAAAAUGAAACAUAAGGUGAAGGCUGAACUUCAUAAGCUGAGCACGAUGACAGAGGAGCAGGCUGAGGCUAUCCAGGAUCUGUGGCAGCUGGACCUUGGCUCCCGCUGGCAGCUGUACAGGCUCUGGCUGCAGAUGUACCAGGGUGAUAUCCGGCGGCAAAUCCUGCAGCACGAGCGGCAGUACCAGGUGGCAACGGAGCGGCUGGCUGAGCUGCGGCUGCAGGAGGACCUGUGCAUCCUCAAGGAGGCCCAGGUUGUGGGCAUGACAACCACAGGUGCUGCCAAGUACCGCCAGAUUUUGCAGAAAGUGGAACCUCGAAUUGUCAUAGUGGAAGAGGCAGCAGAGGUGCUGGAGGCUCAUACGAUCACCACGCUGAGCAAAGCCUGCCAGCACCUUGUCCUCAUCGGAGACCACCAGCAGCUGCGGCCGAGUGCCAAUGUGUAUGACUUGGCCAAGAACUUCAAUCUGGAGAUGUCCCUCUUCGAGCGGCUGGUGAAGGUUGGCCUCCCCUUUGUUCGUCUGAGUUACCAGCACCGCAUGCGCCCUGAGAUUGCCCAGCUCCUUACUCCUCACAUAUACCAGAAGCUGGAGAACCACCCCUCGGUCCUCACUUAUGAGAACAUCAAGGGGGUUGUAUCUAACCUCUUCUUUGUGGAGCAUGACUUCCCUGAAGAGGAAAUCCAGGAAGGGAAAAGCCAUCAGAACCCACACGAGGCCAAAUUCGUGGUGGAGCUAUGCAAGUACUUCCUGUGCCAGGACUACCUGCCCUCUCAGAUCACCAUCCUCACCACCUACACUGGGCAGCUUUUCUGUUUGCGCAGGCUCAUGCCUGCCAAAACCUUUGCAGGUGUGAAAGUUCAUGUGGUGGAUAAGUACCAGGGUGAGGAGAACGACAUUAUCCUGCUUUCACUUGUGCGAAGUAACAGGGAAGAGAGAGCUGGAUUCCUGCAGAUUUCCAACCGGAUCUGCGUGGCGUUAUCCAGAGCCAAGAAAGGGCUGUACUGCAUUGGGAACAUGGGGAUGCUCAGCAAGGUCCCCCUCUGGAGCAAGAUCAUUCACACCCUCCGAGAGAAAGGUCGGAUUGGCCACUCGCUGAUACUGUGCUGCCAGAACCACCCUGACACUCGGACCCUGGUGUCCAAAGCAGCAGACUUCUACCAAGUUCCAGAAGGGGGUUGCAGCCGCCCCUGUGAGUUCAGGCUGAGUUGCGGACAUGUCUGCACUCGGGCAUGUCAUCCCUAUGACACCCAGCACAAGGAGUUUCAGUGUCUGAAGCCUUGCCACAAGGUGCUCUGCAAAGAUGGGCACCGUUGCCCCCAUUUGUGCUCUGAACCCUGUGGAGAAUGCAUGGUGAAAGUGCCGAAAACUAUCCCCAAAUGUGGCCACCCACAGAUGGUUCCUUGCUCCAUCCCUGCAAGUGAGUUUUCUUGUCAAGAGCCUUGUCAGAAGUAUCUGACAUGUGGGCACAAAUGUAACAAGUUCUGUGGGCAGGAAUGCACUGCCCAGUGUCCUGAGCUGGUGCUGGUCACAUUAAAAUGUGGCCACGACCAGCAGGUGAAAUGCUGGAUCACGAAAGAGAUGGAAAAUGGGAUGCCUGUGAAGUGUAAAACGAAAUGUGUGACCACGCUGGACUGUGGCCAUGCCUGCCCAGGCUCCUGCAACACUUGUUAUGAAGGGCGAUUUCACGAGCAGUGCAAGAACCCCUGCAAGCGCUUCCUAGUUUGCUCCCAUAAGUGUCAGCAGCCUUGCACCGGGGAGUGCCCUCCCUGCCAGCAAGCAUGUCAGAACCACUGCAUCCACAGUCAGUGUAAAAAGAAAUGUGGGGAGACGUGUAUCCCAUGCAUGGAGCCAUGCGAGUGGCGGUGCCAGCACUACCAGUGCACACAGCUUUGCUCAGAGCCAUGCAACAGGCCCCGCUGUGAUGUGCGGUGCAGUAAGAAGCUGCGUUGCGGUCAUCCCUGCAUCGGGCUGUGCGGGGAACCCUGCCCCAGAAAGUGCCUUGUGUGUGACCACGAUGAAGUCACUCAGAUAUUUUUUGGCUUUGAAGAGGAUCCGGAAGCCUGCUUUGUGCAGCUAGAAGACUGCGGCCACAUCUUUGAGUCCCAAGGUCUCGACUAUUACAUGGACGAAGACGAAAGUGCCGUCAAGCUGAAGGUGUGUCCCAGCUGCCAGACGCCAAUUAGAAAGAACUUGAGAUACGGCACCAUUGUGAAAAAGCGGCUGGAGGAGAUCGAGAAGGUGAAGGAGAAAAUCCAAGGCCCAGCACGUGAAAUUGAAACGAGCAGGCACAGGCUGCAGGCCAUGCUGGAAGGGAAGGCGGUGCUGCGGAGGGUGCUGCCUACCAAAUACGACCGGCUGGAGGAGAGGCUGAAGCAGCCCAACCUCUCCACGAAGAGCGUCGGGCUCCUGGAGAACCUGAUCAACUUCUACGAGCGCGUUGCGGACCUGACCGGGUCCCUGGGCAAGCUGGACCCAAGCGAGCGGGAGGUGCUGAGGAAGCGGCUGGCUGAGGUGCAGGAGUGGCUCAGCAAGGAGCGGCUCAGCUUCAGCAGCCAGGAGCUGUCGGACCUGCAGAGCGAGAUGCAGCGGGUGACGUACCUGGCCAACCUCCUGACCCGCUGCAGCGGUGCUGGCACGUGGCUCAGUGCCGCGCUGGCCAGGGACGUUGCUGCCUUGCGCACAGUGCUGCAGCGCACCGGGAGGUUCACACCGGAGGACGAGGCGGCGGUGCGGGUGAAGAUGGAGGAGCUGAAGGCCGCGCUCCCCGCGUCAGGGCUGGGCAUCUCGGAGGAGGAGCGGGUGCAGAUCGUCAGCGCCAUCGGCUGCCCGCGCGGCCACUGGUUCAAGUGCAAGAACGGGCACGUGUACGUGAUCGGGGAGUGCGGUGGGGCCAUGGAGCAAGGCCGCUGCCCCGAGUGCCAGGCCGUCAUCGGCGGCCGCAACCAUGCGCUGGACGACUCCAACCGCCUGGCGCCCGAGAUGGACGGCGCCGCGCACGCCGCCUGGUCCGACACGGCCAACAACCUGCUCAACUUCGAGGGGCUCGGCCGCCUGCUCUAGGCCGCGCCUACGCCCGCGCCACGGCCCGCCGCACUUUACCGCCCCGCCCCCCACAACCGCCCGCGCUGUCCGCGUUUUCACCGCAAUAAAUUUUAUCCAGUGACGCAAGGUGCCUGCUCCGCCCCGG